CGGACUUAUCCAAGUAACCCAUCGUCGCUUUUCCCCAGUUGUCUCCUGCUAAUUACUGUCCUCUUGGUUCAAGUUAUCGUUACCUCUGUCAUGGGCAGUCGGCCAGUUGAUCUCGGACUCCCGGUAUUCUCCUGUCAGUCGGCACUGACCAAAUCUGGAGUCAUGUUGUCCGACACUCCGCAGACAAAUCUGUGGCUUGAACGAACUCGCCUCGAUGGAAUGAUGUUUGGGGGUGUGUCCUACGGCAUAUUCACUCUCCUUACAGUACAAGCCGUGGCUGCUCUGAUGCAACGGCCUCGAUACGGUGGAAAAAUCGCAAACAAUCGCAUCGUGCUUUUUUUCUACAUCUUUAUCACGUUUGCGCUUGGGACGAUAGGAUAUGCUGCGAACGCGAGAUAUACGGAAAUGAUCUGGAUAGACCUUCGCGAUAUACCUGGUGGUCCGCUCGAGCUGAUCGAGAAAGCACUGAAUUAUCGUAUCAAUAUUAUGGCAUUUUCCUCCUAUUUCGUCAUGGGGUGGUGUAUGCAAGCUUUACUUCUUCAUCGAUGUUUUAUAAUAUGGUCUCGGGCAUCAUCAGUUAUGAUCCCAAUGAUCGCUCUCUAUGUUGCCAUGAUUGUAGCAUCUAUUCUCAUCCUGAUCCAGUUAAGCACUGGUAUCAUGCUUCUCAAGACAAACAUCCUGCUUUUGUACUUCUGCAUGGAAGCAGGGUUCACUUUGAUCUAUACGAUUCUUGUGACGAGUCGUUUACUCGUCAUGCGAAGCCAGAUGAAGCAGGCCGUGGCAGAAUACAAUUCUAGCACCUACGAUAUCGUUGUGCGCAUGCUCAUCGAAUCCGCCAUGUUAUACUCUGUCUUUUGCGUCGUUAUUAUAGUCGCUCUUGCGUUACAUUCUGACGGCAUCUUUAAUCUAUUUUACUUAUCCAUCACCAAUGUUCAGGGCAUUGCUCAAUUGCUCAUUAUCAUUCGUGUAGCGCGAGGGCGGGCGAUCACACGCGAUUGGUCGACCCACGUUACUGCGGGACAUGCAGCACCUGCAGGGCCCACCUCUAUAGUAUUUUCAAGGACUAUGUCGAAUUUGACAGAUGGAGUCAACAUGGGGGGAAUGACUACUCCAGAGCAGGACGGUGUUCCGUUGUAUUCUCUUCCGAAAUCGGCCAAGGCAGCCAAAGCUGAAGUGUGUAUGGCAUGACCUUGACUUUGUGUAAAGUUAAAUCACUUAUGUAUUGUACUUCAACUUCAUUUAUACCUACUAUAUACCCUAUUGAAAUUCUUUUGCCCGUCACUAUGCCCUCGUCAGCUCACGGACGUACUUAAACAUAAUUUCAAAUUACCUUGCCACCCGGCACCGCGAGCCGUUUCGAC